UUAUGUCAGAUACGACGCUGAAGGUCACACUGCGUAGAUAAAGGUCAAGCGACACUGUAUUACGCCUGGAGUUUUUUUCACCAGCGUGGGUGAAUCAAAUUUUCCCCUGCAAGUGGUUCCUCUUCACAAGGGGUCUCCCCAUCAGCUCCGAUGGCUAUAAAGACUGGCACACUCCGCUGUGGACCACAAAGCAGCGAGCUCACCUUGAGUGCUCAUCUCCCCACUGAAGAACAAGGCAUUUAUUCAGUGAUCUCUAUCAUCAAACUAUCUGAGAGACAUGGCAGCCCUCCGUUUGCUCCUCCUGUCCGCUGUGGUGGUGCUGCUGAGCGCCGUCACGUUCAGUGAAGGUAUGCGUUAUGGAUCUGCGCCUAAGACCUGCUGCUUCGAUUUCACCCGUCAACCUGUCAAGCUGAGCUUAGUGAAAGCCUACACCUUCACCAGCCAGCAGUGCUCCAAACAGGCCGUGCUGUUCAUGACGAGGAAGGGACGGCAGGUGUGCGCCAGGCCCACUGACGCAUGGGUGCAGGAGUACAUCAAGGUCCUGAACAGCAAGACCAGCGGAAGCCAGGAGCCACUGUAAGAGGGUUCCCCGUGACCUUCGUCCUCCUCUUCAUCGUCACAGAGGCACAGGUUAAGUGAAGAGUUUACAGAGCUGUUCCAGCGGCUGAGUCCGAAUGGAAAAGCCACUAACCAUUCAGUAUGUUAAAGCUAUCUAUCUAAUAGACACUGCAGUAUUCCACACACGAAUGUCUGAUUAUGAAUGUUUUCCCUGUUUUUUUUGUUAUUUCAGUUUUAUUUCAUGCUGUUUUAUUUAAUGUGUUCAUGUUUGAAAACGCAGCUGAAAGAAAUGUUCAUCCUGAUGGUGAUGAUGAUGAUAUAUUGAGGAAAAUGAAGGGAUUUAUUAAGGAGAGCUAAACUUGUGUGUAAUCAGCAUUCAUACAAGAUAUACACAAACAAAUUAAGCUUGCGUAAUGUUGGAAAUAGAUAAAAAAAAAAAAAAACAAUUUCAUGAAUAAAAUGGCAAGGAACUCGACUUGCAGUUGUAUUGCAGACAAGAAAUUGUGCUUGUCGAAGGUCAAAAUCUGAAUUUAAAUUGUGUAUCAAGCAAACAAAACCUAUUUAACAAAACACUGAAACAAGAAAUAAUCAGAAACUGUUCAAACGUCCAGGCUAGUUAUACUGAGAACAUCACAAACUUAUUUAAACUUGUGGUAAACAGAAAAAAAAGUACCGGCGUGUCAGUCAGACGCUCGGAAACUGAACUUGAAAAGAGGAAGUCGCCUAUAAAAGGACGAAGUAAAACAUGUUAUGCAUGUCCUAACACGGUCCUGUGAAAGAGGACUUUAAUCCCGCUGAAUAUGAAAUCUGACCUACUCUUGCCCAGCACUUGCGAUGCGGUCAGGGUUUUUAAUGACAUUGUACUUUUUUUUUUCCUUUUACUGUUGAUUUUAUUUUGACUUUACAUUAGAAGUGACUAUUGUUGAUGUUAAUGUUUAAUGUAAACAGAGUUAACAUUGAGACUGAAAUAAAAAUAAAGUUCAAUAGGGGUCCAAGCA